UUAAUAUCUUUCUUCAGUACUAAAAUGGGCUAAUCUGUUAGAAGCAGUUUACUCAAGUAUCACCCAAGGUGCCAGGAGGAUCAGGAACAUUUAGAGUGAAAUUUUUCCUUGUCAAAAAGCUAACCUUUUCACAGCACUCAAAUUCUUUAAUAUUUUCUUUGUAAUUAAACAAAACUGGAAAUAAAUUUUUCAGGUGGAUGAUCACACUGGUUUGGGAAGGACCAUCAAAUUUACAAGAUUGGUUAUCCUCCUUGAGAAGACAUGAAAGAAUAUGUGCUGCUUCUCUUCUUCGCUUUAUGCUCUGCUAAACCUCUCAUUGGCCCUUCAUAUUUUACAUUAAAGAACAUCAUGCUUCAAGACAUGGAAGAUGCAGAUGAUGAUGACAACGAUAACUCACUAUUUCCAACUAGAGAACCAAUUCUACCACUCAUUCCUUUUGAUAUAUUUCCAGUAUGCCCUUUUGGAUGCCAGUGCUACAUGAGAGUUGUCCAUUGCUCUGAUCUAGGUCUGACCUCAAUACCAAGCAAUAUUCCACUUGAUACUCGCAUGAUAGACCUACAAAAUAACAAAAUUAAAGAAGUCAAAGAGAAUGAUCUCAAAGGACUCACCUCACUUUAUGCACUUGCUUUGAACAACAACAAAAUAUCCAAGAUCCACCCCAAAGCCUUUCAAUCAACAAAAAAACUGCGGCGACUGUAUCUAUCCCAUAAUCAGCUAACUGAGAUCCCAGACAACCUGCCAAAAUCUUUAGCAGAGCUAAGAAUUCAUGCCAACAAGGUUAAAAAAAUACACAAGGAAGCAUUUAAAGGAAUGAAGUCUUUACAUGUUUUGGAAAUGAGUGCAAAUCCUCUGGACAAUGCUGGAAUAGAGCCAGGAGCUUUUGAAGGAGUGACAGUCUAUCACAUAAGAAUUGCAGAAGCUAAAUUAACCUCAGUUCCUAAAGAGUUACCAUCCUCUCUACUGGAACUUCACUUAGAUGACAACAAGAUUUCAAUGAUUGAACUUGAGGAUUUUAUUCGGUAUAAAGAUCUGCAAAGAUUGGGUCUGGGCAACAAUAAAAUCAAAGAUGUGGAAAAUGGAAGUCUUGCUAAUAUUCCAAGUUUGCGAGAAAUACAUCUUGAAAGAAAUAAGCUGAAGAAAGUUCCUCCUGGAUUACCUUAUCUAAAAUAUCUGCAGGUAGUCUUCCUUCACAAUAACAAUAUUCCAAAAGUGGGAGCAAAUGACUUCUGUCCAACAGAAAGAAGCAUGAAAAAGGCAUUAUACAGUGGAAUCAGCUUAUUCAACAACCCUAUGAAAUACUGGGAAGUUCAGCCUUCAACAUUCCGUUGCAUUUUAAGCAGAAAUAGCGUGCAACUUGGAAAUUUACGAAAGUAACACAAAAAAAUAGCAUAUUCACAAACAAUCUUAAUAUAGGAAUAGCCUAUGUUUCUGGUUUUAUAAUACUUGAAAUCUAUUUAAAAAUGGCAGUUUACCAUAACUUAACCAGUUAACAAAUAUAUAUACUAACUUAGAGGCUGUAAGGUAGGAUUUCUAUAAAGGGACACAGACAGAUGUAACAAAUAGUGCUUUACACAGUCUUAAAACCCUAUUAAAAAUCAAGUCGAUGAAUAGCAAACAGUGCUAUGGCAAUAUCAGUUGGCCAGAACUGCAUAAAAAUGAUAUAACAGGAAUAACACUAAAGCGAUUAGCAGUGAUACUUUCACCAGGAGACAGUAGCAUGUCUCUGCUACUGAAAAAGUACAAACUAAAA